AUGUGUGGAUAAUUGUUUUUCUCUACUCUGUUCCAGUUGGGGGCGUGUGAUCAAAACAACUGAAUCAAUGCACACACAAACACGGAUACCGAGAGGUGAAAGUACUCCUCCCAUGAUGACGUUCUGUUGAUUGUGGAUUUUACAACUUGAGGGCGUGUGUGGCUUGCACAGGAAUGCCAUUAGGGCGGCACUCCCAUGGACUAUAUAUACGGAGAACAACUCAGACAUGUCUGCAGCAGAGUCUCCGCCUCCUGUGUACACGGUUUAUUUUGAGGACUAUCUCAGGCCAAAGAAACACCAGCAGCAGGCACAUCUGCAACAUUUUAGGAGGCCAGUGGGGAAAAUCUCAGCCGUAACCAGAAGCCUAAAGCGUCUCAAGAUCCUCCGCUGGCACUCGAGAAUCAUUCAACGCUUUCAGCAGCUGCCUUUGCCCAGUUUUCUGGGCUUCCUGCGUGCCCGAAAGGAUGAUGGCCUGUGCAAGCGCAAAACUGGCUUUGAGAUCUACUGCGAAAUGGCCAGCAUCCACGGCUUUCAUGUGUUUGUCGGAGCCGAAACUUGGCAGCGAAUUUUCUGGUGGCUUUUGAUUUGUACUGCGGUGAUUCUGUCAAACGUUAUCCUGCUCACGGCACCCAAAAAGGGGCCCACCAUUCGUUAUAUAGACAGUAUGAUGAAGCCAAGCUCAGAGAUUCCCUUUCCGGCGGUCACAAUAUGCUCUCUGAAUGCAAUUUCCAAGGAAAAGCUACAGAAAAGAGCCAAGGAAUUGAAAGUGUCGGAGGAAACGCUGAGAAAUGGUGCCAUGGAGGAGUUGUCUCAAACUAGUCUCACCUGGUUGCGCCUUCUGGAGGAUCUGGCUCCCCCAAUCUGUGAGCAGAUCCAAAGUUGCAAUUGGGAGAAUGGCCUAGACAGCUGUUUGGGUGACCUGAAGCCUCUGUGGACCUCUGAUAAUCGGCUCUGCUGCAGUUUUAAUCAUCAACAACUUCGCUACACUUCACAGUUGGGAGUUAGUCUAGUGUUAAAUCCUCGAAAAGAUGACUACGCUGCCUCGAGAAUUGCAUCCGAUGGCUUUGAAGUGCUUAUCCAUGAAUCCCAAACGGUAACAGAUGCUGCCACCGUGAGGAUUCUGAUACCAAGUGGGUCAGACACUCACCUAAUGGUGCGUCCAUUUUCCACGCGCUUCACAUCGAAUCUGGCAGCGCUUCCCAUCGAGCAACGUCGCUGUUUUCUACCCGAUGAGCGUCGCCUGUGGUUCUACUCCACCUACAGCCUAGGCAACUGCCUUUCGGAGUGUCGCAGCAGAAAAAUCCUUCGUUCCUGCGGUUGUGUACCGCCCCAUGACCCCGGGGAGAGCUAUUGGCCCAUUUGCGACUUCAAGCAAGUGCCGUGUGUGCGGGCGUAUGGCAAGUGA